AUGAAAACAUCCCCCAGGUUGAGAGCGAUACUUGGUACGUUCUUUGGUACUGGCGUAGCCCUCAUAGCUCAUGCAAUUGGGAUGUGGCGUGAUGAGAAAUCAGGGACGGCAACACUGGCAAGUCGCCGUUCGCGAGCAAUCCUAGCCAGUACAGCUUUUGCCGCAGGUAUCGGCGAACUUUAUACCAACACCGCUGCGGGCAAUGCUUCGACACACAUUGCCUUUACAAUCUACACAGGGAUGCGGGACAUAAUGGUACAAUCACGGCUGCGGCUGCAUAAUCCAAACACGUCUGGCGUCAAGCCUGACUGGACACACUUCAGCACCAUGAUGUUCUUAAUGACCAUAAUUGCUGGGUUGGUCAACUUUGGCAUGUCAACACUAGCAUCGCCUUCAGGACAGGCUGCCUGGACUGCUAGAACAAGCUUUACCGAACAGCUUAAGCAUGCUGUGAUACGUGGCUGUUUAAACUUGAUCGGUGAAGUCGGUGAUGAUUUUCUGUUCCAGGUCAUCCCUUCUAUACGCUCGCAUCUCAAGGGCGUUGAGAACCCUCAUGUACUCCGGCUAAGCCUCAAAGACGUCGGGUAUCAAAAGGGUUAUCUUAAAAACGCAGCAUUGGGUCCAUGGGCCGCGCGAACCGGCCUCUUGGCGACAACUCUUGCUCUACUAGGCAUUGCGUCGCCAUGCCUUGCACACAAUGCGAGGCUUUUAGAAGGAAUUUCUGAUUUGAUAGUCGGUGUUACCAACGGGCCGCUCUAUGAGCCCUUUGCGAAUUCGGUUUCGGGGCAGCCGGAUCCCGUCCGCAACCCAUGCAGCAGUGAUGAGGAGAGCCAGAAACAGAAAGAGUGUAGUCAUAACGAUGAUGCUGCUAGUGUACGCAGCUACAUGCACCCAAACAUUGAUAUGACAAACUGUGCAGAAAUCGAGUGGGAAGAGAGUCAAGGGCAUCAUCAACACAAUUAUGCAGAGCCUUACGACGAAAAAGUGUCUUCAUUGCACCCAAAAAGAGGUGGAUUGCCAAGAAUAGAUGAAUGCGCAUCAUUGCAGUCAUUUGCCUCUCCAUCAUCAAGAUCGGUUGUUUUUUGCAAUCUUGCAGUUCCAACAAAUAGCGGUGAGAACACCUUCCGUACACAGAUUCCAUGGUCAAUCUUCUACGGCAUACUGAUAGGACGAACAGCUCAAAUCCUAGAUAAUAGAAAUGCGACGAGACACGCCUGGCACGAUGAAUGUACUGCUUCUGAGGAAGAGUUCGAACACAAACAACGACGAGCAAAAGCGAGUAACACUGCAAAUAUUGGCCUUACUACAUUAAGACGCAGUUUCCGCCUUGGAAGGGCCAUGUUGGUCACCACAGUAUCGGAUAUUGGCGAUACCAUGAUAUCUGCGUGCAUGCGGUACCAAGAACAGACAGCUGCUGUAACAAAGGCCAAUAAGAACAAGCUCGGAGCCAAUAUCAUGAGCAGAAUUUGCUCCUUUGAGGGCUGCCGCAGCUUCUUUUUUGCCCAUAUGAGGGGGGCUAUCGAGCUGGGCAAUAUGCUACAAGCAUUGCAGCCUAACUGGAAAAUAACAGUGGCAUUCGAUCGGUUUGACAGCAAGCUGAUUGGUGUUGAUCAACAACUGAUAAUUAAAUACAUCAAGCACAGGGUUGUCCCCAUACUUAAAAGACUUGAACAAGUGUAUGCGUGGAAUGUGGCAGACGCAGUGCAGCAGCUGGUUGCAUGUAUUGUAUCAGGCAGGGGCCAAACAGGAUGCUCCCCUUCUGCAGUAGAAUGA